AUUGAUCUUGCAUACGACACGACAUAGUACCCACACAUUCACAUACAUCGUACCCACACGGAAAAUGCAAAGAAAGAUCCAAAGAGUUGUGGGUAUUCAUGUAUUUUGAGAUUUGAACUAAUAAACCCAUAAGGUCGCAAGAAACUCCGAUUCACAUGGCCAUGAAUCCGCUCUGCUCAAAUCAAGUCGAUAUCUUCGAGAUUUACCGCCGCUACUGUGAAAUAACAGCUGGCACUUGCACAUUAGGGGAAGAAGGAUACAGACCAGAUGAUGAUUCACAAAAGGCCAAAUUAUCAAGGCAGGCAUUGUAUCAACUCUUAAAAUUAGUGGAGUCAAGACUGCAUACGAGGAUGUCGAUUUGUGAUGAAAUUUCCAAGCUCAUGUCAAGGCUCGACUUGAUGGUAGACUUCUCGGAGUUCUCGCGCUUCUAUGAUUUUGUAUUCUUCAUUUGCCGCGAAAGUGGUCAAAAGAAUAUCUCUGUAAGCAGGGCAGUAAUGAGUUGGAGACAAGUAUUAGCAGGAAGGUUUCGACUGCUGAAUCAAUGGUGUGACUUUGUUGAGAAAAAUCAGCGGCAUAACAUAUCUGAAGACACAUGGAGGCAAGUUUUAGCAUUCAGCCGGUGUGUACAUGAAAACCUUGAGGGAUAUGAUCCUGAAGGGGCUUGGCCUGUUCUAAUUGAUGACUUCGUUGAACAUAUGUAUAGGAUCUUGGGAUCCAACAAUGACCCUAACUUUAUCUGUAGCUGUGGCGAUUCAGAAGCCCAGCUAUUUGAAGACCCUUUCCCCGGGUUGAAAAUUGUUCCAGGGUUGAAGAGGAAGUCCUGUGAGGACUUGCAAAGAAAUGAAAUGGAAUCCACAGAUAAAUUCGUUAACUCUAAUUUUCUACCGAGUUCUAAGAGAAGGCACAGAUUUGCGAAGUGGGAGGGCAAUCCACAUGGGAAGGCAUCAGAUGACUGCUCGGAAAUCGGGAAACACAAUGGUCUAUUGGGUUGCUCCAAGUCUCCUUGUGCUGUCGAAGGUUGCUUGUCUAAGGGUUUCGAGGGGCUCUUCUCAGGUCGGUCCUGUUUGCAGUUUGAUAGGGAAAGGGUUGUCUCCUAUACAUAGAGCUGUUGCCAUAACCACCAUGGAAAUGCUUUGGGUUGAUGGGGCGUUUCUUUAUUUGCCUUGUAUUUGUUUUAUCCCUUACACUUAAGGGAUCUUCGGUUUUUGUGGUUCCUUUUCCUUUUUUUUGGGGUGUUCGUAUUAGUUUCCACAUUUGGAUUGAGAAAUCAAUAAAACCAGUAAAUUUAGUAAGUGUUGUUCGGUACUUUCGGCAUAUGACAGCUAACUGUGAAUUCAAUACAUUCUAUUUAACGAAAAAAAGAUGAAUAUCCCACGCUCGUUUCCAGACAAUCACGGAAAUAACUUAUAUAUUCGUGAAACCAUAUACCAUUAUCAUCCAUUUAUUCAAUUGGCCUUUGUUCUGCCAAGAUUGUUUCCAGUGGGAGCUUUAGGCUCUUUUUCUCAGUUAAUCAAGUAAAGCAGGUUGGGAGUAGAUUACAUUACGACAUGCAGUUCCGGGGAAUAGCAAAUUACAAGGGCACAAUAUCCAUUUGCUCAAGCUACAUCCCCUCUAACCAAACCCAGAUCAUAAAAAAGGUAUUGGAGGCUCAGGUUAAUGCAGCUAGAAUCGUGUCGCAAAAGACAUAGUGAACGGUAGAAAGGACCCCAGCAGAGGAUAAGACUCCCAUACGGUGAUAACAGCUUGACAAUAUUCACCCAGCAA